GGAGAAACCAGUGCCGAAGAACCAUCGGAGAGAGCAAUAUGUCGUAGAUACACUCGUAUCUGUCGUCGCGAGUGAAAGUUGAGUUUUUAUCUCCUCUUAUCAUUUGAAUUUUCAUCUGUGUGGGUGCAAUUAACAACCUCCAGGCUUUUAUGACCACUGUCCUUGCGGUAUCGCCCCUUUGAAGUGAUAGCGCCGGAUGUCACGCUAGCGGCUGGACGCACAUAGAAAAUUGCUUUUUUGCCACACGCAGUCCAUAAUGAUUUGGCUGAAGAUUCUCUCCUAAGCAAUAGAGCAAACUGGAUAGCAGUUCUUCAUUCAGGCCUCGAGGAGGCAGCAUGGGAGAUUUCGGAGCGGUCCGAGACAAGUGGGUCUGCCCUAAUGACAGAGAAUUGUCACUCCGAGCCAAGCUAAAGACGGGGUGGUCCGUGAAAACGAAUUCCAUCAACUCCUUCAACAAACCGGAGCAACUGAAUGACACCGAGCAGGAAAUCAUCAUGUCUGUCAUCCGAAGAGCUGAAACUUUGGAUAAAGUGGAGCAAGAGAGAAUAGGGCGCCUCGUAGAGAGAUUAGAAAACAUGAAAAAGAAUGCCAUGGGAAACGGUGCCUCACAGUGUGUCCUUUGUGCUGAUGAGUUCGGUAUUCUUGGAGCUUCACCUUUAGUGUGUAACGACUGCAAAAAGGCAGUGUGCACAAAAUGCGGAGUAGAUACCUUAAGUGCCCACAAAGAACCCAUUUGUCUCUGCAAAAUUUGCGCAGAAACCAGAGAGACUUGGAAAAAAUCCGGCGCCUGGUUUUACAAAGGCCUUCCGAAGUACAUUUUACCAGGUAAAAAGUCCGAACCCAGCAAAUACAGCACAACGGCUUCCCCAUCCAAGUCCGCGGACGUGACUACACAGAGGACAUAUAACUCGUGGCUGCAGUCGAAAGGCAAGAGUGCCAGCGAGAAAGAAAACACGGACAGUUCAGACGAUGAAUUGAAGUCCAGCCGAUUAGCAAAGCGAGCUACAGUUAAAAAAAGUUACGGAGAUUCGGUGGAUAACAACGAUUCGACGGGUGUGAUGACUCCUCCUGCGGACUCAGCGCAAGGUCCCUCUCCGACGCACUUGUAUUCCCCGGCCAUGCCCGACUCGCCCCGAUCGCCCCAGCACAGAGAUGAUUUCAACCGGUCUCCUGGGCACGAAGGUUACUCUCCUUAUUCCAAGCAAGAGAAAAAGGUGGGGGAGGGGGAGCGAAGCCAGACCCCCACCGCCACAAGCAGCCACUGGUACAAACCCAGUACCAAAAGGGAAGCAGCUGAUCAGGAAGACUACUCGGAAAGGCAGUUCAGAGGACACAACAGGAAGGAAUCGCAACAUUCUCCCGUCAGUCGCUAUCGUCCCGUCACUAGCAGCAGCAGAAUGGAAGAAAUGUACGAAGACAAGCCCGUCUCCCCGGAAGAAUCCAGCACACUGGAGUUUAGCUUACUAUUCGACGCACACAACCAAGUUCUCCACUGCACAGUCUACAGAGCAAAAGGUUUGCGACCCACUGACAUCAACGGAUUGGCCGAUCCUUUUGUACGCUUGCAAUUGCUUCCUGUUCAAAGCAAAAUGGACAAGUUGAGGACCAGGACGGUGCACAAAACCUUAAAUCCAGAAUUUAAUGAAGCUCUCAGUUUCUAUGGAAUUUCCGACUACGACAUUGCGAAACGUACGCUCAAGAUGACAGUUAUGGAUGAAGACACGCACUGCAACGAACCCAUGGGGGAAAUUCGAAUUGCCUUGAAGAGACUCAAACCUCAACAACCGAGCUAUGCCAAUGUAUAUCUAGAAAAACCGAGGCCCGACGAUACCGAAGAAGAGAACAGUCGUGGUCAGAUCCUUCUUGCCCUUCUAUACUCGGACGAGCAUAACGCCCUGGUGGUCAACAUCGUCCGCUGUGUUAGGUUGCCCAGCCGAGAGAACAACGGAUUCCCCGAUCCCUUUGUAAAAGUUCAGUUGAAACCUGAUGCUAUGAGGCGGAGGUUUAAAACAUCAACGAAAAAGAAGACUUUGAAUCCAGAAUACAACGAACAAUAUGCGUUUGAAAUGGAGCCGGGAGAACUGACGAAGAAGACGAUCGAAGUGACCGUGUGGGACAAAGACUGCGCUAAACAAGAUGUUUAUAUCGGUGGUCUCGCUUUGAACAUGCAGUCUAAAGGAGAUCGUCUGCGCCACUGGUUGGACAUCGCUCAGAAUUCCAACAGAAGGAUCGAACGUUGGCAUCCUCUAAGCAACGUGGUCUUUAUCGAUUGAAAAUCGAUCCAAUAGCACUUCCAUCGAUUCGUUAUCAGGUAUUAGGGCUUGUCAAGCUGAAAAUAAAUGUGCCUCAUGCUGUUGUUUCUUUCGACACUCGGGAAAUGAGGGGGUGAAGAGGGCUGUGCCAGAAUGAAGCUGCCACCGUUAAAUCUGACGAUUCUUUGGAGUACGUUGAAACAAUUCAAUUGAUUUGACCGCGGGCUCCCCCCCCCCCAAACUCACAUCCUCACGUAAUAAAGUUCUACAAUUUUGUACACACAAGCGUCCUUGGUAACAAUACUUUAUUUUAAUAUUUUCGAAACUUUAUUGUCAAUGGUUCAAUUAAUUUAAUAAAUUUUUAUUACAUAGCCGUGGCAGUGCCUGGUAAGGAAUUUGUGAAAAAAAAAUUAUAUGAAAAUACCAUAAAGUUAUAAAAAUGGAUUUAAAAAGACAAAGACAAGAAAGAUAAAUAAAGAAGUUUACUUUUUAACUCACUAAUAAAUCUAUGUUUUUAAAAACU